UGGCGGCACCACCACGGUCACCCUACCGACUGCAGAACUCAGCUACAAUGUACGAGUCUGCAUUCCUUAAUUUGAUCCUUUCCUCCUCCUCGGAAUCCGGUUUGUCGGACGAUUUAGGGAGUCCUGAGGUUCCGUCGCUCAAGGCAGAAGGAACACCUCUCGUCCCCACCAACAAAAGCCAUGGCAGUGUUCCAUCCCAACCCGAGAUUACAGACGAAUCUCCACCUGGGCUCUCAAGUUCAAGGAGGCGCUGGCUCCGCAGACGCAUGAAGGCCCGGGUCCUUUCUCCAGUGCAUCCGGAUGAAUUCGAUGCACCGACUCCUCGUUCCAGCUCUCCCGGACCCUCCACAGGGCACAUUGGCUCACAAUCUCUCAAUGAUGUUGUUCCAAGCAUCGAACGUUCUAGCUCACCUGAACUUCUGUUACCUGAAUCGCCACAGUCUCGUGUAGCCCCGGGUGCAAGUGCAGUUAGAUUCGAAGCAGCUGAAUUUCCUAUUCAACCGGAACAGCGCAUAUGCCUAUCAGAGCUUACCGCUCUUCAGAAGGUCUCGAAUGACUCCACGACGCCUGCAUGCGUCAACAAAGAUGAUGCGAAGACCCAUGGCAAGGGAAAGAGGAAAGCCCCCGGAACGACUAGCAACGAUCCUGGCAAAGGACGUCCUCUCAAGCGGGCUAAAUCUGAUCGUGUCACUGCCCGAAAACACAACGUUUUUUAUAUCUCGGAUGCCAAUACUGUCAUCGAGGUUGAUGGAGUGCGGUUCAAGCUUCAUCGCUCGAGACUGGUCACCAAGUCAUCAUUCUUCGCCCAGCUUCUUGAACGUAAAGACAAUGGUAAACUUCCGAACGAUAAUGUGCGGGUGGAAAUUGAUGGCAAAAUGACGGUAUACCACCUCAGCAACAUCACGGUGGACGACUUCGUGGCUCUCUUGAAGUUUGAUGAUAACACAACCGAAUAUUGCUUCCAACCUCUUCCCCCAUUCUCAGUUAUCGCCCCCAUUCUCCGCGCGGCGACUGCAUUGCGCUUCGAGACGUAUCGUGCCUGGGCAGUUCGAGCUCUCGAAAUGACAUGGUCGCCGUCCCUCGCGGAUUUGACCCCCGAGCAGAAGGAAAAUGCUGCGGAUGUCAUUCUUCUUGCACGUUCAUGCGGUGUGAAUAGUGGUGUGAAACGUGCUUUGUACGAACUCGCCAAGACCCAGCAGGUUGGCCUACAUGACAAUGAUGUUCUUGGGCAGCCGGGGCUCGAGCAACUUGGUCGUACAGACCAAAGGUGCGUGGAGCUCAUGAAAGAGCUCUUCGUCACCACUUGGUCAAAGGUCGCUGUGCGAAUUGUCACGUUUCCUUGCAUUGACCCGCCCCCUUCCCUGGCCAAAAGCAAGAAGUUACCACGAGAGAAAUGUCCAGCCCAAACCAUCCAACAAGCCACCUGGGAUGAACGUGUCCAUGAUUCAGGGCUGUACACAAAAUUCCUAUUCGAUCCAGUGUGCGGUGCGCAGGCAUUGAUUGAUAUUCCGUGGGAGGAGGAAGGAUGGUGCUCGUAUUGUAUCAAGUCGAGACGGGCUACCUGGACAAAGAUGCGACAAAAUCUCUGGAGUGACAUGGACAAAUGGAUCACUGGUAAUGAGUGAUUUUGGAGCAAGAUGACUUCACAUAUGCCACCGCCGAACAGACUGACAUUAGUGAAUUGAUAAGUCCAUGAUAUGGUAGCGGUAGGAACUAUACAAUACAUCGACCAUAUGUAAGGACCAGGCGUUUGAUCCUGUGGAACCAAUUCGCGUUGACUCCAUGUGUGCGCUCCACUCGAGCCCCUUUGAGAUUCCACUCUGACUCAAGCAUGUACUCCGCUCAGGCUUGUAGGACUUAUAGCUAUGGUAUGUGGAACGGCGGUACGUUGAUCACGACCAUUCUCAGUCAUCAUGUAUCGAUCCAGCUUCCUCUUGACGAAGUACCAAGCCUAAUCUAAAUCAAGCCCACCUUGUCUUUGGUACGUAGUCUAUUCCUAUCAUGUUAGCGGGG